AAACUACUUUCUUUUCCCAGCAGCAUCAAACAAUGGAAGUGGUUACAAGGAUGAUUGCGGACAUGCCAGUGGUGAUCUUCAGCCGGACAACAUGCUGCAUGAGCCAUACCAUCAAGACUCUGAUCAGUGGGUUCGGGGCGAAUCCGAUGGUUUACGAGCUCGACGAUUUCCAAGAUGGGCAACAAGUUGAAAGGGCACUGCAGCAGAUGGGAUGCUGGUCGAGUGUGCCGGCAGUUUUCAUAGGGCAGCAACUCAUUGGAGGUCCUAACCAAAUGAUCAUGACCCUGCAAGUGAAGAACCAGCUUAUCCCAUUACUCAUAAGGGCCGGAGCCAUAUGGAUUUGACAGACGCUACCACCAUGCACACAUGCCUAACUUUCUGUAAACAAAAAAUAAUUGAUGCGGCUUUCUCUGUAUUUCUCUUUGGGUAUAUACAAUGAUAUUUUUGCAGAGCAUAUCCUU